AGGGACCAACUUUGGCUUCUGGUUGAAUUUCUCCCCGUCCAAUCCUCCUACGCAAGUCUGCUAUCAGCGAACGAACGCGAUCGAUCUAUACCAUGUUCGCCCUCACAUUCGUUUCUGCUGCUCUCUUGGCAGCCCAAGUUUCUGCAUCCACCAUCGCUGGGCGCAGUCCUUUGCAUAGAUUGUUACAAGUGAGGCAGACACUCGACCCAGACGACAUUCCUCAGCCGUGUAAAGUCAAAUGUGCCAGCACUUUGUCGGCUCUUGACGGUACUUCCUGUGUGGACACGGCAUGUCUCUGCACGAAGCAGGUGAAUGAGGGCUUCCAAACCUGUCUGAGUUGUCUGCUUGAUCUCGGUGGAAACGAUCCCAGCCUUGAAGCACAGUCCCAAGCUUCCAUCGCAAAUUACGAGGACGCAUGCGGAGAGGAAGGUUUCCCACUAGCCUCUCUUACAAUCAGCGCCGUCCCUGGUGCACCGACAGCAGGCAGUGGAAGCUCCUUUUCCAUUCCUGCUGCUACCGCUACAGGUAGUGGCUCUAUCUUCUUUUCUUCCACAGGAGCAGGCAGCAGCAGCACUUCAUUGCCUGAUGCUGGUGGAGGAGCCGUGACCAACACGGGUAACUUGGCUACGCAGACUCGCAGUGUCAUCACCGCACCGAUCACGGCAGACCCCGCGGAAACAAGUACGACUACACCUAGCUCUGGAGGCGAUGGCGACAAUGCUCAAGGGGGUUUGGCCAGUAGUGCUGGUGCUGUGAUCGCCAGUAUGUCGACUGUGGCGAUGGGUGGUCUUGCAGGCAUCAUGAUCGCUCUUUGUUGGUUCUAGGAUUGGCUGGACAGUACGUACCAUGUAUCACAUACAUACCCUAAUACAGCCCCGGCGUUACA